UUGUUUUGCCAACAUGGCGGCGCCCAUAGUGACUGGCUGGGUCUUGCUCGUGUAAAGCUUGGGGAACGAGGCAGAAGGUAGCAGCUGGCCAGAGCCUGAGAGCAGAAAGCCCCUACUGGGGCUCAGGAAGAGGAGAGACAGGCCCCGCUUAGCUCCAGGAGUUGAAGGGUCUUCUCUCCUGAAGAAUGGCAUCCACUUGUCAAAGGCUGAGUUUCUAUGUCUCUCCUCUGAAAAGGCAGCUAGUUAGCGGGCCACCUGUCAUCCUGUGGGAAAGACUAAUUCCAGGGUGUUCCAGAAGUAUCUACAGUGCUACCGGGAAGUGGACGAAGGAGUACACACUACAGACAAGGAAGGAUGUGGAGAAGUGGUGGCACCAACAGAUAAAGGAGCAGGCGUCCAGAAUCUCAGAGGAAGAUAAAUUAAAGCCCAAAUUCUACUUGCUCUCCAUGUUCCCAUACCCUUCUGGCAAGCUGCACAUGGGCCACGUCCGUGUCUAUACCCUCAGCGACACCAUUGCACGGUUCCAGAAAAUGAGAGGCAUGCAGGUUAUCAACCCCAUGGGGUGGGAUGCAUUUGGAUUGCCUGCUGAAAAUGCUGCCAUAGAGAGGAAUUUGCACCCGGAAAGCUGGACCCAAAGCAAUAUUAAACACAUGAGGAAGCAGCUCGACCGUCUCGGCCUGUGCUUCAGCUGGGACAGGGAAAUCACUACGUGUUUGCCAGAUUACUACAAAUGGACUCAGUACCUGUUUAUCAAACUCUAUGAAGCUGGGCUGGCCUAUCAAAAGGAGGCCUUGGUUAACUGGGAUCCAGUGGAUCAAACAGUGCUAGCCAAUGAGCAGGUGAAUGAAUAUGGCUGUUCAUGGCGUUCUGGAGCCAAAGUAGAGAAGAAAUACCUCCGACAGUGGUUCAUUAAGACAACUGCAUAUGCAAAGGCCAUGCAGGAUGCGUUGGCAGACCUCCCAGAGUGGUAUGGAAUAAAAGGCAUGCAGGCCCACUGGAUUGGGGACUGUGUAGGCUGCCACCUGGACUUCACAUUAAAGGUUGAUGGAGAAGACACAGGAGAGAAAUUGACAGCGUAUACAGCCACCCCUGAGGCCAUCUAUGGCAUCUCCCACGUGGCCAUCUCUCCUAGCCACGGACUUCUACAUGGCUGCAGCUCUCUGAAGAAAGCCUUGCAGAAGGCACUAGUCCCUGGCAGAGAUUGCCUCACACCAGUGAUGGCUGUGAGCAUGCUCACCCUGCAGGAGGUCCCCAUCAUUAUCAUGGCUAACCCUGACUUGGAAGGCUCUCUAGAUUCAAAAAUAGGAAUCCCCAGCACCAGCUCAGAGGACACCAGACUAGCCCAAGCUCUGGGCCUACCCUACUCUGAGGUCAUUGAAGCUUCACCAGAUGGCACAGAGAGACUGAGUGGAUCUGCUGAGUUUACAGGUAUGACCCGGCAGGAUGCCUUUGUAGCCCUGACUCGGAAAGCCCGUGGGAUGAGAGUAGGUGGACAUGUGACAAGUAACAAGCUGAAGGACUGGCUGAUCUCACGGCAGCGCUACUGGGGCACGCCAAUUCCCAUUGUCCACUGCCCAACCUGUGGCCCUGUGCCUGUGCCAUUGCAAGAUUUGCCUGUGACUUUGCCCAGCAUUGCAUCUUUAACGGGCAGAGGAGGCUCCCCGCUGGCCUCUGCUUUGGAGUGGGUGAACUGCUCCUGCCCAAGGUGCAAGGGAUCAGCAAAGAGAGAGACAGACACCAUGGACACCUUUGUGGAUUCUGCAUGGUACUACCUCAGAUAUACUGACCCUCACAAUACUCACAGUCCUUUCAGCUCAGCACUGGCAGACUUCUGGAUGCCCGUGGAUCUGUACAUCGGAGGAAAAGAGCAUGCUGUCAUGCACUUGUUCUAUGCACGAUUCUUUAGUCAUUUUUGCCAUGGUCAAAAGAUGGUGAAGCACAGGGAACCUUUCCAUAAACUACUGGCCCAAGGCCUCAUUAAGGGGCAGACAUUCCGCCUUCCAUCUGGACAGUGUCUGAAGAGGGAGGAUAUAGAUUUCACAGGUCCUGCUCCUGUUUGUGCAAAAACAAAAGAGAAGUUAGAGGUGACCUGGGAGAAGAUGAGCAAGUCCAAACACAAUGGGGUGGACCCUGAGGAGAUUGUGGCCCAGUAUGGAAUUGACACAAUCCGGCUCUACAUCCUCUUUGCAGCCCCUCCUGAGAAGGACAUCUUGUGGGAUGUAAAGACUGACGCACUCCCUGGAGUGCUAAGAUGGCAACAGCGGUUGUGGUCCCUGACAACAAGAUUCAUCGAGGCCAGGACUUCCGGGACAGUCCCUCAGCCUCAGCUGCUGAACAGCAAGGAGAAAACCAAGGCCCGAAGCCUCUGGGAGUACAAAAAUGCAGUCAUAACUCAGGUGACCACCCAUUUCACAGAGGACUUUGCCCUGAAUUCUGUAGUUUCUCAGCUGAUGGGACUCAGCAGUGCCCUCUCGCAAGCCUCUCAGAGAGUGCUUCUCCACAGCCCUGAGUUUGAGGAUGCUCUGUGUGCCCUGCUGGUGAUGGCUGCCCCCCUGGCCCCUCAUGUAACCUCAGAACUCUGGGCAGGCCUGGCGCUGGUACCAAGCAAGCUCUGUGACCAUUAUGCCUGGGAUGCUGGUGUGAUGCUUCAGGCCUGGCCCACUGUGGACUCACAGUUCCUUCAGAAACCUGACAUGGUGCAGAUGGCUGUUCUGAUCAACAACAAGGCCUGUGGCAAGAUCCCUGUGCCCCAGCAUGUUGCCCAGGAUCAAGACAAAGUCCAUGAACUUGUUCUCCAGAGUGAGCUAGGCAUCAAGCUGCUGCAGGGGAGGAGCAUCAGGAAGGCCUUCCUCUCCCCCAGGACUGCCCUCAUCAAUUUCUUGGUUCAGGAGUGACCAGGGCUUCCAGGACCCUCCUUCACUGCCCAGAUCAAGUGAAGGAACGUUAACUUAGGAAAAAAGACAAACAUCAGGGACAUUGGCCUUUGUGCCAGGACCAACUGGAGUCAGCAGGAAGCCUGUGUGCUGAAGUCUGAACCCAGAUGAGAAAGUAUGUGGGUAAAGAGGAACGAGGGGAGAAGAUUCAUUCAGUUGUCCCAUACCCCUCCACUCCACUCAGGGUAUGAAGCUACCAGAUAUGCUGCCGGGUUGGAACAAGAAGUAGAAAAGAAGCAGGCAAGGCAAACAUGCAGCCAGGAGCUUUUGCACCUACCAAUGUCUCCAGUACUUCUCAGGAGCCAUGCAGACUAACGAGCCACUUGGGCUCAGGACUGCACAAUCGUCAGCUGUACAAAUGGUGCAAGCUGGGCUUUUGACUUACAGGACAGAUAAAACUGUUCGACUGUGGAACUAAACAGGAACACGGGCAUCUCUACAGGUUGUUCUGCAUAUGUCUCCAGCACCUUUCAACGGUGUCACACAGGUCUCUUCCACUCCAGCUGGGUGGCCUGUUCUGAGUUUAAUAUAUGCUCUGGGAUAGGGUGGGCUGUAUCAUAGCCACUGUUUCAACAUGCAGAGUGUGCUCCGUGGUGAGUGAAACCUUGUUCUGAGUUGCUGAUCCUCACCAGAGCCCCAUCAUAGGCCCGUGAGGGGUUUGAACCCCAGAUGGCUCACAUGGUUAACUAGAUAGUGACACCACUGUCAUCGAUUUGGCCCCCAGAGUAUCACUAGCAAAAGCAAAUUCAUCAGAGAACAGAACUGUUGCUUCCUGGAUGUCACCUCCUGUGUGGGAAACAGCUAAAUUAUAGCAGGUGUGCACCCAGACUACCAGUAAAUUAGGCAAAGCUGACUCUAUGUGGGUCAUCAGUAAAAUGCUAUUACAGACAUGGCCUGAGCAAGGGCUUAAUACUAAGUUGUGGAAGAACUAAGACAAAACUAGACAUCUCAGGGUGCUGAAGCUCAGUUCCUGUAAUCUGAAGUCACCCAAAAGUGGCUGUCAUGUCAUCUCCUGCCUUCAGAUGCCUUUAAAUGUCAAACAUAUCACUGUAAAUGUAACUUUUAUUCUCCUGAAGUGAUUGUCCUCUCAGGCUCACUGCCUCAGUCUUCUAACCUAGGCCUAGUCUGGAAGCUUCUAGCCUCCAUACAAUUUAGGCCUAGAAUAUUUUUAGCCCCUGAGACCCUUUCUUGUUCUUUCUGAGCUCUGGCUAGCUGAUUCAACCCAGCUGUUGUUGCUUAAACUCCUCCCCAAACUGACUGAUUCAAUCUGGCUUCUCUCUCUGGCUCUCCUGAAUCGCUCUGCUUGACCUCAGACUAACUAAGCAAUCUGUUCUCGUCUUCUGGCUCCUUCUCAUUCUCUGUUGUUGACUUUUUUCCUGUCUUCACCUGUAUCUAGCUUGUGUCUCCAGUGUCUUUUACCAUCACAGGCCCUGGCUCUCUGCUACCUCCACAGAAUACCUGUGGCCCAUCGCCUUCAGCUCACACUCCAUUCAGACAAUGCUUACUUAGGCCUACAAGCAAGGGAGAGGCUUAUGCACAGGGUCUUAAGCUUGAUACUGUGCCUGGACUCAAUGCCUAGAAAUUCCAACUUAAUUGUCCCUAUCAUAAAGGAUUUUAAAUUUUUUUUACAAGUGAGAACCUAGGAUGGCAAGGUCCUAGGUUCCAUCUCCAACACAAAAAAAGCAAGGCAGCUCUACCAAAGAAACUAAUUACACACUUGUAAUCCCAAUAUGUGAGAAGCUGAGGGAGGAGGAUCGGGAGUUUAAAGCCAUCCUUGGUUACAUGGGACUCUGUCUCAAAAAAGAACUACCAGAGAUCCUAUUGGACAACAAAGUUUGAAAACCAUUGAAUUAAUGAAUGUUGUGAACCAUAAUUUCUACCCAGUCCUUUCUCCUUCAUUUUCAUCUCACCUGGGAUGAGUUUAGCCCAGUACGUGAGAAAGUAGGGUUGGAAGAGAUUAGGACUAGGAGGGAAGGCCUACAACUCUGGAGAGGUGUUUUAAGAGGACCCUCAAGACACAAAUGGCAGUCCCAUAACACACAGGAAGCACAUGAGGGUUAAAGUGAGGGGGUUUUGUUUUUGUUUAUUUGUUUUUCUGUUUUGUGUUUUCCUGGAAUAAGCUUAGUGGCCUUGAUGAGCUAAGGGUAGAUGUCAUUUAGUUGGGUGUUAUCUGUCCUAAACAGUGGGCCAGUAAAGUUUGUAGGCUGCUAGGAUGACACACUAGGUAUUGGAGAACAUUCUUUCCAAGAGGAUCAAACUUGGAAAAACAAGCUCAUUGGUACUUCCUAGGAAGCAGUAAAUAUGGUAGAACAUUUGGACAGAAAAUUGCUCCCUGUGGAGUGCAUGGGGUGGGGUGUGAUCUGAGUCAGAAACUCAUUAUCUUGGUUAGUUUCCAUCAAAACCCUAGAGGGUAGGGAUUAUUCUCAUGAAUAUGAAGAAACUCAGGCUCAGUCAUUUGCCUAGUUUUCAAAGUUAAUUCGAGGAAGAGGCUUGGUUCUGCAGGGACAGAGCCUGGGGCUUGGCUCUGCAGGGCCUGGAAAAAGGUUGUUGCUUGCUCCUGGGAGAUUCAAGCUCCAAGAGAAUGGAGGUUAUUUGUAUUGGGGAAGUAGAUGAAGAGAAUUUGUGAGCAAGAAAAUUUAUGCCCAAUGUGGAUCCUGCCAGAAUGGGCAUCUGCCAAAGAAAAUGAAACGGACUCCAAGAACAAAACACUAAAUGAGGCAGUAGACUGUCCGGGCAUUCCCCCUCCCAGCUAGAGUACACUCCUUCAGUGAACAGGUCAUUACAAAUACAAGCAUCCAGUCAGUGGAAGACAGGGCAGCCAACUAAAGACUCUCCACCCUACAAAUCACUUGAUGAGGGUCUUACUGUUUACAAGUUUGCAUUUUCUUUUCUUUUUCCUUUUUUUUUUUUUUUUUUUGGAGGGGGAGCAUCUAGUAUUUCAAUAAUAGAGAAGACAUAAAUCUAUGUAAAGUCAGCUCAGUGUGGUGGUGCAUACCUACAGUCCCAGCAUUGGGAAGCCUAGGCAGGAAGAUGUCUGACGCCUCCUGGGAUACUAAAUGAAUGGAGAAAACAAGCAUGGUGUGACAAUGAUACACAUGAAUUAGGAGCCUGACCCUCGUAUUUAUCUUGUGUCAGGGUCUCCAGCUCUCUGGGAAUAUGAGUACAGUUAAGGAAUAUUUCUUCCUUUGUGUGAAACUGAAUCCAGAGAGUCACAGCAACACUUGAAGUCAGCAUUGGUCUAGGUACUAGGUCUGAAUAGAAAGGAGGGCUUCUAGGCUAACCUUGUGAUCUUAAAGAAGGUGCUCAUGUGUCUGUAGUAAGCAAGGCCCUUCUCCCUCCUCUAGCAGUCAAGAUUGUAGAUGAGAUCAGACAGAUAAUUCAGCCUGUGUCAAGACCUGUUCCCAUAGGUUGUGACUAGCUUGAGACCACAGCAGUAUGGUGAGCUCUCCUGAAAUCCCCAUUCCACAAAUAUCCCACUUAUGGAACCUUUUGCAGAAUCCUUGGGCUGCUUUGGGAGCGCGAGUGGAAGGACUGCAAAGUGAGAAUCAGUCACACCCUGCAUAGCUCAGGAAGGUAGAGGGGAGCCCAGGGAGAAGAGCAAGCAGAACAACAGCUACUUGCUUCGUGGGAGACCCAUAUCCAGGCUGAUGAGUUCAGAAGAUGGAAUCUGAGAUGACCAGCAGUGAACAAGUGGGGAUUCCUCCUGGAGUGUAGAGGGUAGGGAUGACCCUGUAAGGCAACAGAGGCCAGGCCAGGCCUGAGACAAAGGCCUCAGAUCCAAGUCUGACUUCCCAGAGUUGACCCCUCACCCUGGCCAACAUCCUUGGAGAAGAAAAAUAGGUACAGGAGUAAUGAGGCCCUAAGGGAGGAGGCAGGCCUGCUAGAACUCAGAACCUAUGACUUACUUCCCUGACCCACACACCCUGAACCUAAAUUCCAGUUUUUGUUCAGCUUCUGGAAGAGCACAGCUAAGGCAGUAGGCUCCUAGUAUGGGGAUGCUGUGGACUGUGAACCCUGCUGGUGGGGCAGCAGGGCAGCGGCGGAGGCGGUGGCGGCAGCAAGGUUUUCUGUGGCGGUGCCAGGUUGGCCUUCAUCACAUAAAGAGCCUUGCUCAAAACCAUACAGAGGGGAAGGCAGAGCCAUAGUUCCAACUUGUUCCACUGCUUUGUAGAGCUAGCCUGCACCCUCAGGGUUUCCCAAGGCAGACCUAAUGUCUAGGUUCUCUCGUGUUCCCAAGCUACCCUAGGAACUGCUGAAUGGACACUUCCAAACCUGCGACCAAGAAAGUUGGUUACUGUUAAUAAACAACCUAGCUUGGCACACAUGAACCUGAGACUCACCAAUCUAAGGAGUCAUUACCCCUGACAGACAAAGUGAGUUUCCCCUGAGAACUGUCACCAGGACUCACAUCAGGAAGUAACCCUAGCUUGGCUGCACAUACUGAGAAAAGUUUGUGGAAGGGGAAACUGAAGAGUUGAAUGGGGCCUGCUAACAAUGUUUCUAGAAAUUUCCCUAGGACAUCCUUUCCACAGACCUUUCCAAGAGUCUAUCGGGGAUUUCUUAGGCAUGGCCUGCCCUGGAAUUAGGAGAUUGGAUCCUAAGAGAGGAAUCUCCUUUCAUGGGCAUAUUGAGACACGGGAGUUGGGAUGAGAAGUGUUGGUGGCACCGCACUGGAAAGAGGAGGCAGGCUACACGGCACAAGGUUACUCCCCGAGAGUAAGGAGAAGUCCAUUCCACCAGUAAGGGCCAGAGGGGUUUUGUCAAGUGGCAUCGGGCAGAAUCCCCACCAUACUAAAGAUCACAAACAGGCUGAUCUGAACACUGGGAGCUUAAGUAUCACCAGUGUUCCCAUCGUUAGUAACCAACUUAGAUGUCAGUCAAUAUUGUUUCCAGGAAAUAGAUUUCUUUAAGUACAAGCAUCUAGACAUCAGCUCUUGGCAUCUAGGUUACUGCCUUAGUUCUUGCAACUCCAUAGCUGCACUAAUCUAGCAGUCUGCUCGUGCCUCCAUUGUCAGUCAGUCAUCCUCAGGCUUAAAAAGUUGGUAUCUGGGAUGGAGAGAUGGCUCAGUGGUUAAGAGCACCUACUGCUCUUCCAGAGGUCUUGAGUUAA